AUGCCGCUACUGGAGGUCCGCCGGGACGUCUGCCUGGCCCACUACUCGUGCGGCGGCGACGUGGCCCGGCUUCGCCUCGUCCGCCGCUCCUCGCUCGGCGCAGGCGCGAGCGUCUCGACCCGGCCGGGACUAACGGUGGCGGUGGCGUCAAAGCACGGGACGUCGCUCGACUGGUCCAACCUGGCCCACUGGGCAUCGGCGUGCGUGCUGGUCGCGGCUGCGGCGCGGUCCGAGCUUCCCGGCCUCGGCCGCUUUGGUGCGGCGCUGGCAGCGCGUGCCGCCGAGGCGGUCUGGGUGGCGCUGCCUCAGGUCGCCUCCAACCGGACGGCGUGCGGCGGCGCCUCCGGCCUUCCCGCUCUGGUCUCGCGCGGCGAGCCGUCCGAGAUGUUUGCCCUGCUCGCCCUCGCCAGCGCCCGCGUGGCGGUGGAGGCGCUGGGCAACGGGUCCGCUCCCUCGCGGGCGGCGGCGGCGGCAAUCGGCGGGAAGUCGGUGCUCCUGUGCCGCGACAUCGCGCCGGGGCCGCGAGCGUACACCUGCUUCGACGCGCUUAUCCGCGCGAGGUGGUCCGACGCUGCGCUCGGCGGCCGGCACGCGAUGCUCGAUGCGCUGGAGGCGGUGUCGGGGCGCGCCGGCGCCGCCGCCCGCGCGGCGACGGGGGAGGCGCUGCGCUCGCAGGCGCGCGCGCUGCUCGGGCUGCCGGCGGCGGCGCCCGAGGCCGGCGGGCGGAGGGUCAUCGUGCUGCUCACGCGCCGGACGCAGAGCGCAUGGGUGAACCGGCCGUCGGUGGCUCGCGCGGUGUCGCUUGCGGCUCGCGCAGCGGGGGUGCGCUUCGAGGACGCGGGCGACGCGGAGGACUUGGGCCGGGGUCCGGGAGGCUGCUACGGCGCCGCGGCGCAGGUACGGCUCUGGUCGCGCGCCUGGCUGGUGGUCUCUGUGGCUGGCGCGCACGAGGCCAAUGCGGUCUGGCUUGCGUGCGGCUCGGCGGGGCUGCUCGAGUCGCUGAACUGCGGGCACGCGACGGGGACGUACCGCGCGCUCGCCGCGGCGACGGGAGGGCGGUACGCCGCCGCGAGCGAGGUGCGGCAGCAGGGCCACCGCUGGCUGAGGAGCGCGAGCCGGCCGCUGCUCGACCAGGCGUGCGUCCACCUCGGCCUGCGCAGAGGCUGCCGCGCGGAAGAGGUGCUGGCGGCGAGGCCCCGCCUGUACGAGCGGAAGAACUGCACCGCGCAGAGACGCAGCGACGCGCUCUACUUCAACCUGCCGCGCGUGCACGACCUCGAGGGCGGCGAGACCGCGGACCUGCUAGCGGCGCUGCACCGCAUCCUCGGCCUGAGCCCGCCCUGCUGCAGUCCCCCGGCCGGCGGCGGUGCCGCCGCCGCGGCUCCUCCUCCUGGCGGUCCAAAGGCGGCGAGCCAUCCGAGCGCGAGCGCCGUGAGCAGCAUGCCGGCGCCGCCUGCCCGCGGCGUCUCGCUGCGCAGCCCGCCGCCGGCCGCGCCGUCGCCGUGGACCGUGUCCAGGCUGGACAUGAUCAGCCGCGCGUGCACCGGCUUCACGCCAGCUUUCACUAGAUCCUCCUCGGGUCGGCCCUUGAGCCGCGAGAGCGAGCCCAGACCGCCCGCCACGAGCGCCUCCUCCGAGCCCGCACAGCCAAUCAUGCUGAGGAAGGAGGCGAGGCGCUGGCGCUCCUGCUCCUCCUCCGAGAGCGGCGCGCUGUGA